CCUUGUGCGCCCAAACAGCUUCGUCUGAUUCAACUAUUUGAGGAUUUUGAGCGAAGAGUGAGCUGAGAGAGCAGAUGGAUAGCUACAGACAACAAAAGAUACAGAAAUUGGAGGAGUUCGUCGACGGCCGACUCAAACCGGACCUUGUUCAAACCAUCGCCCAACGGGACAAGGUGUUCGAAAACCAGAAAGUUUUCUCGGAUUUGCGGAAGAACAUUGAGAAUUUGGAGAAGAAUAGUGUGACCAGUCUUGGGACAAUGGUUAAUCUUGGCUCUGAAGUGUAUAUGCAAGCUGAAGUGCCAGAUACACGGCACAUAUUUGUAGAUGUUGGACUUGGAUUCCAUGUGGAAUUUACCUGGUCUGAAGCUUUGAAUUACAUAUCUCAGAGAAAAGAAAAGUUAGAGAGGGAAAUUGAAGAUUAUACCAACCGCAUUGCCUCAAUUAAAUCCCACAUAAAGAUGGUAUGCGAAGGGAUUCAGGAAUUACUCGAGCAUUCUGCAGAGAAACCUGAGCCAGAGCCCAACUUUUGACGUUGAUAACUUCUUUACUUAGUUGUAUUACGAUGUGAAAUUGAGAAAAGCUGUCUGCACUUUCAUGUGUAACCUUAUAAGCUGUUUCACAUCUUCAAAUUGUGCUGGGAAUGUAUUAUGCUGUAGCAAGUAACUGUGAUUCAGAAAGCUAGC